AGAGAGCAGUGGUCCACCUCCUCCUUUCACAUUUUCGCAGCGACAAACCAAAAGUGGAACAGUUUUACUAGAAAUACUUCGUCCGAAAGUCAAAGUUAAAGCACAAACCGCAAAAGGCAGGAGCAAAAACGCGCUCGAUAUUCCCUACAUUCACGUCGUCGAUCAUUAUGUCAAUACUUUGUGACAAUUUACAAAACACCUCUGAUGUUAUCUCGUGCGCUAUAACAACUUCUUUUCGCAAUUGUCUACUUCUUUGUCAACCAUUCUAUGAUGAACCACCAGCCAGAAACUCCGACUAGAAAUCAACAAAAUCAGCGACCUCAGAAAGAAGAAGCGUUUGUUGAUCUUCUUCAAACGAGAAGUACAACAACAAUAAACUACGGCGGUAUCGAUUUCAACCGUGAAGCACACGACCAGCGACCAGCUGUUUUUCACGACACUGACACUCGCAUUCUUGGGCAGGUUGCUGAACCAAGAAGUAGAUUUGAGCCUCUUUUUACUCCCUCGCCACCAAGAGGAAGAGAGAAGUCGGGGGAUCACGAUCCGCUCUUCACUACCUCUCCACGUGUAGUAGAGUCAUCGGAGGACGAACUCGAGUUACUAGCUGCACCCUCUUCCGAGCAGGGCGACCACCCAGAGCAAGUAGGGGACAACUACAAGAAUCUGGAUGUUGACGCAGGCACGGCCGAGCACGAGCUCCUUCCAUUGGCUGCUCACCAGGACGGCGGCGGACAGGAGGACGAUGUCGGAUAUUUUUCCGGAGAAGAUGUUGAGUUGUUAAACCUCCAUCCCGGUUGUUGUACAACAAGAACAAACAAGAGAAGCAACCUCGACAACCCAAUCUCCCCGCCGGAGAAAAAGCGCACGACUAGCAAGGAAGCCGACAUCCCUUCAACCAACCUCCCGCAGCUUGACGUUGAUAUCAAAUGCAAAUAUGUCUGGGUCUCGAAGGUGCAGGUGGCAACUUGUCAUGGUUAAUCUGAAGCAUGCAAAAAUCUGUGUUGCAUGAGUGCCAAAAGCUGUCCACUUUUGACCAAGAUGGCCGGGAGUUUCUCAUGCAGGAUAGGCAUGGCAGAGACCUCGCAGAGUCUGUCAUGCUGAGUCCCGCACUCCAGACCUCAUGGGUCAUGGAAAAUCUGCAUGACAAGCUUACACUUUUUCGAGACCCAGAUGACAUUUUUUCACUUGAUAGUUGAGGGUCAUCCGCAAUUCCCGGCGACUAGUCCGAGUUGUUUUCGUUUGGAUCCGGCGAGAGCGGCGGAAUUAGGAGUGGAACAAAGAGAAGGAGUUGUUGGAGUAGCCGGGGAUAGAAGAAGUUCUAGUUUUCUUGACGAACAGUCUUUAGCUUCACCUUCAGGUCCUCUUUCAGAGUCAGCAUCCGCCGCGGGGGCGUCAGCGGCAGAACUAGAGGACGAGGAGUCAACAUUUGCUGUUGGUCCACAAAACGAGUUACUACAGUUCCCGGUAGGGAACUCCAGUCCACCACAGGAAUCAGGGGAAUUUUCCCCUUUGUUUUCCGACGAAGAAGAACAAGAAGCUUCGCCUUCACCUUUAAAUUCCUCCCCAGGUGGGGUAGAAGACGAGCAGUCCUCCCCUGAGGCAAAAUCUCCCCCACCAAAACGGCGACGACUUGUCCUAGGGUCUGCGUCAGACGACGAGGAAGGCCAAGACCAGGAGGAACAAAGUAACGACUGGUGUGCUGCUUCCCAGUACAUUCCACCUAGUAACUUUUUUGCUUCAAGAACAACAUUAUCCCGGCAGCACGAACAGCGGCAGCAGCAGUUGUGCAGCUCCACCCGGCGCUCCCCCACUGUAGAAGACGUUUUUUCUGCGCUUGACGGGCGGGGAAGCAAGAGCAACAGCAAGACCGUUCUUGCAGCUCCUCCGGCUGGACUAGUACAAAAAGAGCCCGAAGCUUUAGAUCAUACCAACCGCAGUUUCCGUUUCCCGAAGCCUGAGCCGAGUGAGGAGCCUUCUCAACAAGGCGAAGGCGGCGCUGGACAACCGCGCGAAAUAGUCAACGAGCAUACAGGACUCCACCCUGUUGAGCAACAACCUGGGGAGACCGAGGAGGAACACAAGGCGCGGCUGAUAAGACUUUGCGAGGAAGAUAUGCACUGCAAAAGCAUCGUACUAGUAGUAAAUUGCAUUACAGCAUGAGAAAUAAAAUUUGUCAUGCGGAUUUACCUUCAGAGAAAGAUUUGUAAUGCAUGACUGCAAUAUUACGAGUGCGAUACUUUUGCACAGGAUAGAAGAGGAGGCGGAGCAGGAGAAGCAUUUCCUGAGCAAAGCUGUAAUCCACUGCUGGGACGGGCAGUUUGAGGGAAAAGAUCAGUUUGGAAGGUUUCCGGUUGAAGACGACGACGAGGAGGAGAGCCAGAGCGAGAGAGACGCAGCUGAUCAAGAAGUAGGUGGAUCUACUUCAGUCGAAGAGGAAGAAGUCGCUGACUCUUCUGCGGAGCCAGGAGUACUACAUCAUCAUCAUCAACAAGAACCUCAGCGUCGAUCUCCCACUGUAGACGACGUUUUCCAGGCGCUUGAUAACUUUCCGGUUGGAGAAGUUGGACCAGAGGAGCAGAAGUAUCAACAACAGCGUGAAUACGAAGAUUACGUCGAAGGAGGAGCUAGCAGUGCGGAGGAAGCUGCGCACGAUAGUUCGUUUGUAGAAGAAGAGCGAUUUUUUCAGCAAGACGCCGGCGCCGCUUACGUCGACACCAGCGGGCUUUUACAGCUACAGGAAAGCGACCAGGAGAGUCGUGCAAGUAGUGAAGAGGAGGAACAAAGCAGCUUCGUCGGAGAAGUUCAAGUUGAACCAGCAGUAGGACGGGAAGAAUCUUCACUAAAAGAACUUCCGCUCGAAGAAGUAGAGCCAGCCUCGGAAGAAGCUGCACCAGAAGCCGCACCAGAAAGAGCAGAACAGUACAACCACUUCUACGCCGAGAGCGAAGACAGUUGUUUUUUCACAGACGACGAGAUAUCCCCUGCAAAAGUAUCGCACUCGUAGUCUAGUGGUAAUUAUCGCAAUUAUGCCUGACAUCAAAUCUCUUUCUCAAAGUGAAUCAGCAUGACAAAAACUUGCACCCGUCAUGCUGACCAAAUUUGUUUACGCGAUCAUUUAUGCAUGCUACUAAAACUAGUGCGAUCCAGCUUUCGCAAAGUCCAUACGAGACAGACACACUAGGCGGGGAAAGCAGCGACCUAGAGGAGCUAGACGAGCAGAGUUACAAGUUACUCGAGGAACACGAACAGGAGAAGGCUUACCGUGAAGAACAGAAGCAGGCUGAAGUCUUAAAACAGGAGCAGGUCCGCGUCAGAAACCCACAGCUUAUCGUUCAGGAGAACGAAGAACACGACCAAAAUCAACUCACACAGGAAGAACGCGACCUGUACUACUAUCCGCAUCAGAUCCCGCCGAAACUCUACACAGGACGCAAAGUUCCGCGGUAUCUGCUCACUGGUGCAACUGCACCCAGUACUACAACUAGAGCUGCUGUUCCCACUUCUCCACGUCGCGGUUCGACGCAGCGUCGUGUAGUUGCUCAACAGCAGUUUUCAUCUUCGGACGAAGAGGACAAUUUUGCCGACGGUGAGGAUUCCCCCAGUUCCUACAACGGGGAUCAAUCGAAUUUAUGAAUGUGCACAACUCCCCCUCCCCCUCAUAUGUAUUGCAUGAACAGCAAUGCAAGCGUCAGGGGUAAUCCCCUUUUUGCAAGACAAAUUUGAAUCACAGGAGUGUGGUGCUAUUUGGGCUGCCAGAACUUGUCAUGCAAACAGUGUCAAGAUGAGCCAAGGCGUAAAAAACUAGGCACUUUGCAUUACAAAUGAGGGGGACGGGGAGUUGUGCACCCUCAUAGAAUUCCUCUUGCUUUCACCAGAACCACCCAAGGCACGGAGGCUAUUUUGGGCCAGGAUCAUUUUUCGUCGAGAGUAGCGAACGACCGCUGCUCGUAGGGAAAAGAAAGAACCGCAGCUCGGAGGACAACUCAUUCGAAGAAGACUCGCAGUAUUCCUCGCAACAAGAGAAAGGGCGAGGACCUGCUAUCGUUACCAGUGAGGACGCUGAUAGUGAACAGGAGCCGUUAAUCCACCGUGCCGACCGGGUAUACGACGACAACAGUGAGGACGCGCUGAGCGACGAAUUUAUCACCAUCUACAAAAAGCCACCCCCACCCAUCGAGGAGAAGGACAUUAUCAAGAGCAAGGGCCACUACUUGCGGUAUUUGAAAGCCAUUAAGCAGAAGAAGCAAGCCCGGAAGCAGCAGAGAAAGGUCUUGAAGUAUCAAAUGUAAAAAUGUCUGGGUCUGGAAUGUUGCAGGGUUUGUCAUGGAGAUUUUGCAUAACCCAGGAUGUCUGUAAUGCACGACCUAGCAUCACAGAUUUUUAGACGGCUUCCUGAUGCCUAUUCCGCAUAACAAAUGCCCUCCCCGCGUAGCACAAACUAGACUCCUCUUGCUGGUCAUGCAAUACAGAUUUGUUUAGAGUUCAAAGUUAGCAUCACAAGUUCCAACCUUCCAGACCCAGACAUUUUUACAUUUGAUAUGAAGGAAUCUGGGGCGAUCGAGAAGGACCGGCAGCACGUGGAAGACCUAUGCAUUGCAAAUGUGUCUGGGUCUGGAAGAGUACAAGUUAUCAUGCUAAAUCUGAAUCAUGCGAAAAUCUGUGUUGCAUGAUUACCAUAUAAAGCUGUCCACUUUCCUCGAGCAAGCCGCAAGGCAGUUUCUCAUGCAGACAAGGCAUGGCACAGAUCAUCUCACAGAACCUGUGAUGCCAGGGCAUGCAUCACAAACCUCAUGUGUCAUUGCAAACCGUGCAUGACAAACGUAAUGCACAACUUUUCCAGACCCAAAUCGAUGUUUGCACUUGAUAGGACCGACACCAGUACAAGUUAGAAAAUUUCGUCCGGGGGUAUUUCGACUGGCUGCGAAAUAUCGACUCGAGUGAGGAAGUAGGCACGGUAAAAGCAUCUUCGCGCUCGGAGUAAUCGUAAUUGCAUUGUUUUACAUGACAAAAGUACUUUCUCUACCUGAAUCCGCAUGAGAAAUUUUAUUUUUUCUUCAAAAAAAAUUGUGAUGCCAUUUCUACUAAGUGCGACUCUUUUGCCAUGCAUACCGCGAGGGCUACAAAGAAGAGCAGGAAGAGGAAGUCGGGGCUGUCGUUUCCGCCUACGAAACUAGCGAGGAAGACGAGCGCGUCACCCGGCAGAAGGAAAAGGAGUUAGCGGCAAAUCCGUUGUUGAUCAUAUCAAAUGCAAAAAUGUCUGGGUCUGGAAGAGUGCAUGUUUGUCAUGCUUGUCUAGCAUGACUCUCAAAUCUGUCAUGCACGUUACCCAAGAGCGCCAUUUUUCUGUCAUGCAGAAACGCAGUUUGUCAUGCAGAAACUGAGGCAACACCUAGAAGCUCAGAAACUUGUCAUGCUGAGCCAGCACUUGUGGCCUCCUCACGAUACGCCACCCAGCAUCACAAGUUUCCAGACCCAGACAGUUUUACAUUUGAUAAAUCACCUACGAGGACACUUUGAGUGACAAACCUGUCCCACUAGCGGAUUUGUACACCAUCGACACAAGGCCUUUGCGGAGGUGGAUUGAAGAUCUCCACGAAGACGACUUGUGGGACCACGACAUCGAUCCGUUGGAGUUGCUGAAGGUCCGGAGACGCCGAGACUACGACUUGCAGCUGCGGUUAGCCUUCGUGCAGGCGGAGACUUUUGCGAUUUUAGAUUUGGAAAACGACCCAAGUGACCGGAUUGAACUCGCGAUCUUACUCAUGGCGGGCCAAGUCGUUCCCCUCAACGAGGGGUGGAGCCGGAUCCACAAGGAGGGGGUGUUGGUACUGGAAGAAUUUCUGCAGGAGGGCACGAUCAGACCCUCGGUGCAGCAGCAGGAGGGAAAGCCAAAGCGGAUUUUCAGCAAUGCGGACUACACGGAAUUGUACACCUUGGUGUACAACAUGUGUACGCAGCGGACACCGAAUAACUGGUAAUAUACCUAAACCUAUGUCUUCUAGGAUUUUUGAUUUGAAUAAGUAGUGCCUUUUUGUUGCGUUUUAUCAUGACAUGAAGUAGUACAACUUAGGCCAUACAUGCUAUACUACAAAUCUACACUUAUCGUCAAAAAUUAUCAGGCAGCAGCAGUUGUAUCAGAAGUACGGUGAGACCAUGAAUCAGUACAUCAGCAAGAGUAUCAAUUUGCAAACAUGUUGUCUGGAAGAUUGCGAGAUUUGUCAUGCUAUUCUGGCAUCAUGAUCAUGCGCAUGACCGUGAGCUCUGUAAUAUUGCGUGUCGUCCACUAAGAGGUCCUUUUGUCUGUCCUGCAAAGACGCAGUUUCUCAUGCAGAACACGCAAGAAAACUGGGCGGCGGCGAACAAAUCUGUCAUGCUUGGCGGUGCAUUACAGUGUGCUUGCUCUUUACUGAAUUGCAUAUAUACACCUUUCCAAACCUCCCUCUUCCAGACAGACUUGCUGUGCAUAAAGAGGGUCAUAAACGGCUUGGAAAAGCGAGUAGGGAAAGAUUUGCUGCAGGCGCUAUUGAAAGCAUGGUCCAAUCACCAAUUGUACGUGAAGUGGAUGACGCGGUUCUUCACCUAUCUAGACAGGUAUACUAUAGGAGAAAGAAAUAAACAUAAACUUCUAAGCUUGAUGUUGAUGUUUGUCAUGCAAAACUAAAAGUAAACACUUCAUCUGACAUGCAAAAACCGCAACUUAUCUAUGAGUGCAUUUUAUCAAUGACUCAGGUACUACGUGAAGCUGCAAGCAGUCCCUUCGCUUACCGCCCGGGGUUACGCUAUCUUUAACCAGUCCAUCUUUCAAGCCGUAUCGGGGGAUACCCGGGAAGCGCUUUUGCAGGCGAUUCGGUCCGACAGGGACGGGGAAGCAAACUUUUCCGACGGGGACAUCGUGAAGGGGGUGGUUUCGAUUUUCAUCGAAUUAGGGGCCUGUGUGGCCAGUGGACGAGAUGCGGAGGUAUAUAGUUUUUAGAGCAUAGUACAACGACAACUAUAUAAAUCAAGUUUGAUAUUUCACGAAGCCAAAGAACUUCAGUUCGCAGAUUUGGUGUGGAAGUAGAACACAAACUCCAUCCUUGAUGCCUGAUUUUCCAACACAAAUUAUCUACGAACCUCAUUAAUAUCAGCUCGUCGCCGGCGCUACGGGCACGAUGCAGGGAACCUUCCCCUCGAACCACCCACAGCACGGAUUGCAGAUCUACGUGCAGGAAUUUGAAAGCCACUUCCUGCCCGACAGCAAGGAUUACUAUGCGCGGCAAGCCGCCGGCUGGCUGGAAACCAAUUCGUUUUCGGAGUACUUGCUCCAGGCGGACCAGUGCCUGUUGAAAGAAGCGGAGCGGGUAUGCGAGGAAAAAACUGUUUCGCUGUAAACUUGUAAUGCAGGAAAUGUAUCCCACAUGUGUUUGUCUUGCUACACAGCCAUGCAACACAGUGGAUUUUUAGCUGUACUUUCCCUUAGGACCCUUGCAUGGCAAAUUUUCUCUGUCAUGUAGAACAUCAAACCUGUGAUGCAAAACUUGCAAAAUCCUUACCGUGAAACACUUUUUUCGUACGAUAACGGGUGAAGAUGUACCUGCACAGAACCACGGACCAGAAGCUGAAGCUGGUAUAGUUUAAAAAAGAUGCUUAGUGCUCUGAGCAUUACAAAUUACCUCAGCAUGACAAAUGGAAUUUGUCAUGCUGUUUUACCUUGGGAUGGAGAUUUGUAAUGCAUAAAUGCAAUCGCUACUUGUCCUACCCUAUCAGGUCCUCCUCGAAGCGCUGCUGAACGAAGACACGCGGAAGAUCCUUAUGGAUUGCAAAACUGUCUGGGUCUGGAAGAUUGCAAUUUGUCAUGCUAAAUCUGAAUCAUGCUAAGAAGCUGUCUUGCGUGAUUACCGACAGCCGUUCUUUUUUACCAAGUUGAGAGGCAAUUUAUUUCUCAUGCAGGAUAGGCAUGAUAGAGAUCUCACAGAGUUUGUCAUGCUAGGUGCUGCAUUCUAAACCUUAUGAGCCGUAGAAAACCUGCAUGACAAACCUUGCAUCCUUCCAGACCCAGACAUAUUUGCAUUUGAUAAUCCUGUUAGACAAGCAAAACUCGAUGGAAUUCCUGCUCGAAAAUGACAAACGGGAAGACUUGUCUCGCGCGCACAAACUUUUCGGCUAUGUGGAGGGGGGCUUGCAACCGUUAGCGGCCAUCUUCAAGACACACAUCAUCUCCAAGGGGAAUGCCAUUGUCGAUGACAGGUAUUUUUAUAGAAAUAGACUGUGAUGUGGAUAUUAUUUGCAUGACAAAAAGAAAAAUAAAGCGACACUGUCGAUGAAGUUAGUAAGGGCGUGCUGUAGUUUUUGUUUGGUUGCAUAGCAUGAGAAGCAUGUACAUACCUUUUUCUCUUUCAUUUUCUGCAUUUUUACGAAUUGCCACUUUUGUACUUCCUGGCCGGCACGAUGCUCAGGUUAAAGGCCGUCGAGGAGGAUCCGAAUUUGAAGAAGUCCGACGGUCUCAACGACCCGCAAUUCAUCCAGAAAAUGCUGGACCUGCACGACCAUUACCGAGCGGUGGUUGUCGCGAGUUUCUCCUCCGAUUCGCUCUUCCAAAAGUCCUAUCAAAUGCAAAUAUGUCUUGGUCUGGAAGAAUGCAAGGUUUGUCAUGCUUGUCUGGCAUGACUGAGGACCUUGUGAUGCGUGUCCAAGACGAGAGCCUUUUGCCUGUCAUGCAAAAACGCAGUUUGUCAUGGGGAGAGCGCAACACUAAGUAGCGCAGAUAUUUCUCAUGCAGCUUGGCUGUGCAUUACAGAGCAUUCACUAUUCUCAACCGAGCAUUACAAGUUUCCAGACCCAGACAUUUUUGCAUUUGAUAAGUCCCUGAAGGAAGCUUUCGAGCAGUUCCUGAACCGGGAUUUAGGGAAGCACAGCUGCGCAGCGUUAAUGUCCCACUUCUGCAACCGGAUUUUGAAGAAGGGUAUCAAACGCAAAUAUGUCUGGGUCUGGAACAAAGCAACUUGUCAUGCUAAAUCUGAAUCAUGUAAAAAUCUGUGUUGCAUGAUUACAAAAAGCUUUUCACUUUUGGCCUAAUCGAGAGGCAGUUUCUCGUGCAGGAUAGGCAUGAUAGAACUCUCACAGAUGAAUCUGUCAUGCUAUGUCCUACAUACCAGACCUCGUGGGUCAUUGGAGAACCUGCAUCACAAAUCUGGCAUUCUUCCAGACCCAGACAUAUUUGCAUUUGAAGAAGGGCGGCACGCCGGAGCGGCUUUCGGAUGAGGAGGUGAACAUCAUGAUUGACAAGAUAUUCUCAGUAAAAACGUCCCCACCCCAGAGUUGUCAUGCAAAUCUGCAUGCUAGAAAAGUUUCUCAUGUGGAGCUUCAUGAGAGACAUGCUCUCGUCGUGUUUUGGAAUUUGUGAUGCUAGAAUCAGCAUGGUAAGCUAGAUCUGUGAUGCUUCCGAACUAGCUAAACAGGGUUACACUACGAGGACAGACUUGUCAUGCGAAACAGCCAAAGCUGGUUGAUUUGUCUAGCAAACUUCCCAUCUACUUGACUCUGGUGUGGGGACAUUUUUACUCAGGAUACAAGAUCGUGGAGCUCUUCAACUUUUUAACCGAAAAGGAUCUGUUCGCGGAGAUUUACCGAAAUCAACUUUCGAAGCGGUUGUUGGAGGAUUCGUCCGCGUCGGACGAAGCCGAGAAGAACAUGAUCAUGAAGCUGAAGCUGAAAUGCGGGGCGCAGUUCACCUCCAAAAUGGAGGGGAUGUGCAACGACUUGAAGCUCGUAUCCUGUGCAAAAGUAUCGUACUCGGAGUAAUUCCAGUCAUGCGUUUACAAAUUUUGUUCCCAAGGUAGAUCCGCAUGACAGAUUUUAUUUCUCAUGCUGAGGAAAUUUGUAAUGCAUUUAUACGACUAGUGCGAUACUUUUGCAAUGCAUUGCUCGCAACAGACGACAACAACAAAUUUGACACCUGGUGCACGGAGAACAACAAAAAACAACUUGGCGGAAUGCAGGCCGGCGGGGCAACAUCGAGCAGUUCCUCGUCAACUGCGAACAACAACGAUGUCAACAAAAUCACGAUGGAAUUCGGCGUCACGGUCCUCGCCACCGGCUACUGGCCCCAGUUCCCAUCAUAUCGCAAAAAAAAAGUGUUAAGUACAGUUACACAUUGUGUUGCAGGCCAAGCAAGACAGACAAGCUCUGUCAUGUCGGAUAUGCAUAGGAGCCUCGUUUCACAGGUUUUUUCCCGUAGGAUUUCUGCAUUACAAGUUUUCUCUCUCAUGCAAAGAAAUUUGUGUUGCUGAAUUGACUACAAAUGUGUGACUGUGCCAAUUUUUUCGUGGGAUACAUCAACAGAAAUUAAACUGCCCCGACAACUCUCUGUCGCACUGGACAUCUUCACGGAGUGGUAUAACCAGAAAACGCAGCACCGGAAGCUAUGCCAGAAAAAAUUUGUGUAAGUGUAACUCUGUAAUGCAGAACAUGCUACAGAGUAUACGCCUUGCAUGCAAGACAGCCAUGAAGUCCUCGCUUCAUGUGUGUUACCCCUUACAAACCACGCAUGACAGGUUUUCUCUGUCAUGUACAGCAAAUUUGUGAUUGUGAUGCUGUCAGCCAAAGAAAGUUACACUAGCACAGUUUUUUCCCUGGAUAGAAGCUGACCUGGAUCCACUCGCAAGGCACGGCGAUCGUGGCUGCGAAAAUCGGGAAGAGGCACGAUCUAGUUUGUUCCACGUUGCAAGCGGUAGUGUUGCUUUUGUUUUCCCCGAACAAGGGUGGAAGCGGGGAGGAUAAGGACAAACCGGUCGAGUUGAAGGUGGAGGAUAUCCAAAGGGAAAUCUCGGCAAAUGCAGACCAGCAAAUUGAAGCGGUGCAAGUGAAGAAAAUAUUGGGUACUGGAAAAGUGUGUUUUCUUUUUCAUACAUUUUGACCUGUAUUUUUUCCACGGUUAACGAGUUUGUCAUGCUGCAUGGAGAUCAUGAUCAUCUGCUCUUAAUAUCAUCUAGUACUGAGACUGACUUGUAUUGCAUGACAACAAUCGCACCUCCAAAUUAGACGACCAAUUACAGGCACCCUCGCCUGCAGCAAGCAUCAAGUUCUGGCCGUGAAGAGAAACGGGGAAAUCGUGGACAAGCCAAAAAUAUGAAAUGCAGAAGCAUCGUACUCGUAUAAAUCGCAUGACAAAUUUCCUCAGCAAGAAAAAUGAAAUUUGUAAUGCGGGUUUAACUUGAGAAAAAAACUUGUAUUGCAUGAAUGCGAUUAGUACGAGUACGAUACUUUUCCCCAGGAUAAAGAACAGUGUCCGCAGAGGAUUUGUUCUGUGCGAAUGUCAAGUUCUCUUGCCAGCACAGGAAGGUAUAGAUACUGCUCUUGGGUCGUACUCGUGAUUUGUUUUUGUGUUGCAUGUCUUUACAGCAAGGGCAAGUGCAAGAGCAACUACUGAAGAAAAAGAUCAUGACCAUUUAAAGUUCAAGUUUCUCUAAUAUGCGUACGAUCGUCCAUCGAGAUUCAUAUCCAAAUUUUUCUAUCAGGUCAAACUCCCGUCCGUGGCGCAGGGCACGGGCAAAGACGGUGCGGAAGAGACGCACAAACAGGAGCGGAUUGAAGAGGACCGGUCGUUCUCGAUCGACGCAUAUCCUGAGUAAAAGCGUCCCCACACCAGAGUUGUCAUGCAGAUGUGCAAUCGCAGGAACAUUUGUAAUGCGCAGAUCCAUGAGAGGAAUUUCAAUUUUCAGUCGUGCUUUGGAUUUUGUAAUGCUGUAAACGGGAUUUGAGAGUGGUUUUCUCAUGCGGCUUCUCUUGCCAAUCAGACCUACACUGCAGAGGGAAACUUGUCAUGCAGAGCUCCCAAAGCUUGGGGAUUUGUGUUGCUAGAUUCCCAACUUGACUAUGUGGGGACGUUUUUGCUUAGGAUAACGCAGCAAUAGUGCGGAUCAUGAAGGCGCGGAGGCGGCAGACGCACCAGCAGCUGCAGGCGGAGGUGAUUCAGCAACUCGCAUUCUUCAAGCCGAAUCCGAAACUGAUCAAGCAACGGAUUGAGCAUUUGAUAGAGCGGGAAUUUUUGGAACGAGAUGAAGACGAGUCGAAUGUCUACAAGUACUUGGCAUAGGAAUCAUGGUGCAGCGUCGGUGAGGAACAACUUCAGGUAGGAGAUUUUACUGUCACGUCAGCGAUUCGGAAUCGGGUGAAGAGUGGAUGAAAUUUUGAGGUGGGAGGUGAGGAGAGGUGAUUUUAUUUCGGAUGGAGUGGCUUGAGGUUUACGCGUCUCCUCAUCCUCUUGAAGAUGUUUACCCUUUUUCUUUACACCAGCGUCGUUCUUGCAUAGAGCAAGCAGGAUGAACUUCUGUAACUCUACAUAAUCAACUUUCAAGCGAGACGACGUUGCUGUGUCUUCUUUUGAUCUACUCUAUGUAGUUCCUCCUGUAGCGGAAAACUCUUACACGCAAGUAUUGAUUCUAAUCUGGCACCGUUGAAAAGCUUUUGGUAAUAAAAACGAACUUUGAGUUGCUAGAGCUAGAGGUAGAACUACUACAAAACAAGAACCCAUUCAGUAUCAGUACUUUUUUAACGAGGACACGACGCCAGUACGAAAGCAGCUCGACUGCUAGUAGUGCAGUAGCUGUGUCGACGAAAAGACCCCAUGAGUUUGUCGAGAAGUAGUAUCAUCUGGAAUGCUCGAUGAGGACUCGUUCUCAAUUUGACGAACUUUUUUACACGACUGGCGACAUCAA